AUGAGCGAAAGCUUUUCAAUAGGGAAUGAAAUUAAGGACUCUUAUAAAGAAACUCAAAAUUGGGCAAGCAACAACGUGAAAUGGCUCAAGGAUAUUGAAGCAUUUUACCGCGACAGGGCAAAACUGGAGAAGGAGUACAGUGAGAAACUGGAUCAUUUAUCAAAAGAGUACGCUGCAAAGAAAAGUACGGUAUCUGUUUCGCUUUCAGUUGGUGACACGCCGAAAGUAACGCCAGGAUCUCUUGAAGCCGCUUGUUUGGUAGCUUGGAAUGAAGUUUUGUCGCAAACUUCCUUUAUCUCGCAAGAUCAUUCUCAGCUUAGUAAAGAAUUUGAUAAUGUCAUUGCUCACCAACUAUCAGGACUCAAUGCCAAAUUAGACAUGACAUUGAGCAAGAUCAACGGAUUUAACGGUGAGGUUACUGAUAAGAGGGAUGCGAUAUACAGUGAAUUGGAAAAAGCUAAGAAAAACUAUGAUGAUGUAUGUAUGGCUAUGGAAGCUGCCAGAAGCAAGCACACAAAAUCACCUAAUGAUCGCAACAAGCGCAAGCUUGAGGAGAAGGAAACUGAAAUGAAUAUUGCAAAGAAUGAAUAUCUGAUCAAGAUCAACCAAGCCAACAGAGUCAAAGAUAAGUACUUUUUCCAAGAUGUUCCUGAAGUCGUGGACUUAUUACAGGAUUUAAACGAAUCUAGAAUUUUGUUUUUGAACACCAUCUGGACCUCUGCUAGUUCGGUCGAAAUUGCGGCAAGUGAUAACAUAAUAAAAAGGUUGGAAAGCGCCAAUUCCGUCAUCGCUCAAAAUAAGCCUUCAAUGAACACUGCGAUGUUCAUAAAACAUAACCUCAAAAACUGGAACGAACCAACCGAUUUUCGGUACCAGCCAUCGGCGGUAUGGCAUGACGACGAUAAAUUUGCUGUUCCCACGCAUACAGAGCUUAAUGAUUUGAGAAUAAAGUUAGCAAAAUCUGAGAAAGAUUAUAAUAAAUUCCACGAUCUCUCUCAGUCCGAAUUGUCUCGUUUGUCUUCGUUAAAUCAGAAAAAAAGAGAACUGAAAUCCAGUGAGAAUAGUUUGGAUGGGCAGGAUUUCUAUGAGACCCUGAAGAGUUACCUGUCGGUUGUUAUGAGCUUCACUUCCCAUGAGACAUUAAAACUGAAGGCUGAAGUUGAAAUAGAAAGCAUUCAAAAUAAUGUGCCUUCGAAUAUGGAUUUAUCAACUGACGACAUCGACUUAAGUCGGUUAAAAAAAAAAACUGGUAUCCUUAGUAAACUCAAAAAAAAUAUCCUGAAUACUGAAAGUAAAUCGGGUAAUUCAUCGUCAUUUUUUGGAGCAAUAACAUCUCAUACCCAUGAUUUUGGAGGUAAAGAGAACUCAUCCGAAAAUGAUGGCGCCGAUAAUUAUUCAAUCAAGAAUGCUGCAACCACCUCCAAGCACGCGGUCCCAUCCAAGUCGAAUAACAAUAAGGUCCUGUUCGCAUAUUCCAAACAGGACUCCGAUGAAACUACGAUCAGCGUAGGUGAUUCCGUCACUUUGGAAGUACCGGACACUGGAUCUGGUUGGACAAAGGUACGAAAUAACACUACAGGCGAAUCUGGACUGGUCCCCAGUACUUAUGUAGAAAUAAACGAAGAAACACCUUCAAAAAAUGGAAAUUCGAACGCUCCACAAGUACCUCCUCCCAGAAGAACUACGCUACCCACUCGGAUAUUGACUGCGCAGUAUGACUAUGAGGCACAGGGUGACGACGAAAUUUCGAUAUCAGCUGGUGAUGCCAUCGAGGUCAUUAGAGGGGAUGAUGGCAGCGGAUGGACGUAUGGUCAACUGAACGGUGCGAAAGGCUUAUUCCCUACUACUUAUUGCACAUGA